AUGGGCCCCACGAAGCCCAAUUACCCAGGCGCCAGGUCCAUCCCGCUAGAAGAUGGAAAAGCUCAUCAAUCGCAUGGGUUUUUACACGUCAAACUUCACAAAAUAGAGCACUUAAACUGCACCUGCCGUCUUUCACGAAUCGUGGCUGCCGCCAGCGUGGCCGUGCCGCUCAUCCCCGUCGCCGUGCGACCAACUCGCCUGACCCUCCGAAACUCCGCCGUCCCCCGCCCGGUACGGAUUCAUUCCCGCCAGCAUACCCAAUUGCCCUUCGCCCAUCUCCCCACCUCCGCCGCCGCCCAGCUGCAGUGCCACCGGCACCGGGAAAUUCACAAACUGCAGCCCCGUCGACAUCGUCCCCCUGUACACGGCCGCCACCGAGCCGCUCCCAAUAUUCACCGACGGAAACGUCCAUAUCGAAUCCCCGCCGCCGCCGGCCGCCGCCCCCACAACCCGAUUCCUGCCGGAAUUCGCCAACAUCCAGAAAUUCGCCGGGAUCAUGCCCUGUCCCGCCGGCAUAGCCCCUGCGCUAGACUGCAGCAGAUAGCUCCCGAUCUGAUGACCCGCCGGCGGCGGCUGCAGCAGCUCCUGCUCCGCCCUCUGCCUCCUCCCCAAACCCUCCUCCUCCCCCGCCUCGCUCAAAUCAAACGAAUUGCUAUUACAAUCGCCGUUAUUAUUGUGAUUUCCCCUAGAUUCCUGCUUCGCCGGCGAGGAGGAUGGGAAGACAAUGGUGGAGGAGGAGGAGUUGUCUUCUUUGCGUUUGAAUGGGAAGAUUGGCCGAUCGUGAUGGUGGUGGUGGUGGUGGUCGCCGUUCAUGAUCACAUUUAUGGAUAUAAUAGUGAGAGGGAGAAAAUUAGCCUCAACAACGGAAGAGUGAAAUGGAGGAGUGAGAGAGGGAGAGAGAAAGAGGAGCUUUGA